UUUGUAAGUUUGUACAUUGAAUACCAAAUCUCUGCAUGUCUUAAGCGAAGUUCUCUUCCGCCCUCCAAUUUUUAUCCUCCAUCCGCGCGUUCUCCAUCACCCAUUAGUUGGACAUGGACAAAUGUCCACGUUCACUAAUUCUGUCCCAAGUCUUUUGAUUCAUUUGUUUGUCACUUCAACAUAAUUGGCCCCAUCUCCAUGCUUACUACUUGCAUUCCCAUUUUCAGACAUAAGCCCAGUAACGUGAUUGAUCUAAACAAUAACAUGAUAUCAACGUAGUGACGAUACACUCUCUGCAAUUCUCCAAACCCAAGGGAAAAAAAAACAAUUUCACAGUAGAUAAAAGGGAGAUCCUCCGGAAAACAGCUCAGAUUGUUGUCGGUUAUGACGAAAUUGGUGUCCAAUCCUGUUAGCUUUUGCGUUGAAUUAAGCAAUGUUUAUCUGAGAGCAGGAUACUGAGAGAAAGCUGUCGGUAAUUUGGGAACCUUUGUGGGUAACUUCAUAGCAGGGGAUGUGUAACUGAACUAAUGCAGGGGAUCACUGUAAAAAAUGACGCUACUUGCAAGCUAGAAGUGGGUGUUACUUCUUUACAUUUAUUCAUGUAUUAUCUUCUACAGAGAUUGGGAAAGCAGGAUUAUUGAGCUGCUGUAGUGGCAGUUCUAUUUUUUUGUGGUUUUCUUUAUUCAGAAAUUGAGGAAAUGGGUUCAUUGACUGCAUCAAGUUUGGGUCUGUAUUGCGGUGGAGUGGAUAACAGGGGUAUAUCAGGAAGGUUGUGGGCUGUGUCUCAGAUUGGGAAGUCGGGAGUCAACAAGUUCUUUACUGUACAGAGGAAGAAUGUAUGCUGUAAGAUUACUCCUGUAGACAGAGCCGAUAGCAUAUCCAAUAGCAUAAUAUUUCCCUCUACGCCAAAUUUGAGAGAUACAGCAAGAAUUCAAGAAAUGGAGGAACCUAUCACUGCAUCUUCAAAAGUAAUGGUUAGUCCAGAUUCUGAUAACAAAAUGUCCAUCUCCUCAUUGAUGACAGCUGUUGCUGAUGACCUAAGCGCCUUGAAUGAUAACCUUCAAGCGGUGGUUGGUGCAGAAAAUCCAGUGCUAAUGUCUGCAGCAGAGCAGAUAUUCGGUGCAGGGGGGAAAAGGAUGAGGCCGGCUCUAGUCUUUCUUGUAUCAAGGGCUACUGCUGAGAUGGCAGGCUUAAAGGAUGUCACUCCAAAACACCGUCGGCUUGCAGAAAUCAUUGAGAUGAUACACACAGCAAGUUUGAUCCACGAUGAUGUGCUGGAUGAGAGUAAUGUGAGAAGAGGAAAACAAACUAUACACCAACUCUAUGGCACUCGAGUUGCAGUGUUGGCAGGAGAUUUCAUGUUUGCUCAAUCAUCAUGGUAUCUAGCCAAUUUGGAAAAUAUUGAAGUUAUCAAGCUCAUAAGUCAGGUGAUUAAAGACUUUGCAAGUGGUGAAAUAAAGCAAGCUUCAAACCUUUUUGAUUGUGAUAUUUCUCUUCAAGAUUAUUUGGACAAAAGUUAUUACAAGACUGCAUCCUUGAUUGCAGCAAGUACAAAGUCUGCAGCAAUAUUCAGUGGUGUUAGCUCUAGUAUAUGUGAGGAAAUGUAUAAUUAUGGUAUGAAUCUUGGCAUAGCUUUCCAAAUAGUGGAUGAUAUUCUUGAUUUCACACAGUCAACAGAACAAUUAGGCAAGCCAUCUGCAAGUGAUUUAGCGAAAGGAAAUCUGACAGCUCCCGUUCUCUUUGCACUUGAGAAAGAGCCAAAACUAAGAGAAAUAAUUGACUCUGAAUUCAUUGAGGAAGGUUCCUUGAAUGUUGCUAUUGAUUUGGUUUACCGAGGUGGUGGCAUUGAGAGGUCUCAGUCUCUUGCCAAACAGAAAGGUGACCAAGCUAUAGAAAAUCUCCAGUGUCUUCCUCCAAGUACCUUGAGAUCUUCACUUGAGGGUAUGGUCAAAUAUGUACUAGAGAGAAUUGACUAGAAUGAUUCCUUGGCUUUGGAGCAUUGCUAUUUACCUCUAAAAAAGUUAAUUAUUGGAAUCCAGGAACCUGAAUAAAUAACUUGGUUGAUUCAAAUAAGUUUCCAUCCCAUAUGUAUAACUCUGCUGCAGACUUUGUUGUUCUGCAGCAAUUGUAAUAACAGUUCAAUGCUGUCCUAUUGUGUAAGAAUAUAUCAAAUGUCAGCCAAGGCUUAAAAGUUCAA